AUGGCCGGCGAUGAGAAUAUGUCCGCGCAGGAGAUUCAGCUGCGAGACUGCUUCGCGAAGUUUGAUAGCAACGGGGAUGGCAGGAUCCAGGCUGAUGAGUUCAAAAAGCUGAUGUCCAGUCUUGCUGACUUCACCCCGAAGGAGAUAAAGCGUCUGUUCAAAGAAGCUGACACUGAUGGCUCAAACAGUGUGGACUGGAAAGAGUUUCUAUCAUGGAUCCUGAAUGGAACAGCGCUGAAAGGUAUGGGUGCCAAAGGCGCCGCCUCCUUUGAGCGGCUCCUGAAUACCGAGACACAGGAUGAAGCGAGCUUCGUAGAAUCAGCCCAGAUGGGUCACAACGUGACCGAGUACCUACGGCAAGCCGGGUCAAAGGACAAGAAACCGCGACAGCGAAAACGAACUGCGCAGAAGGCAGCCUGCGAUGAUCUCGGAGUUCCAUCCGAUUGGGUUGGCCACAGGAUUCAACUGCCAAUGACACACGACGGUGCGCGACAGCUGUUAGAUCACUUCUUACAUUCUGGCGCCAAGAGUCCUCUUCAUGCCAAGCAUGUGACGCACAUCAUUACCCAGUUCGUGUCGGCGUACUCGGUUCGACAUCCUAAACCUGUGGUCUACACCGACGUCCCGCAACCAGACGGGAGGUUAAUCAUCGUUGGUGACACGCAUGGUCAGCUUGCCGAUGUGCUGCACAUUCUCUAUCAUCUCGGCCCACCAAGUGCUCAGAACAGGUAUUUGUUCAAUGGCGACAUGGUGGACCGCGGGAGCCAGGGCGUCGAGAUCCUUUUGAUUCUAUUUGCUUUUUUUCUUGCAGACCCAGAGUCAGUCAUUGUGCAUCGUGGCAACCACGAGAACGAGGACAUGAACGCAUUGCACGCGGACAACGGCGGAGGCUUCGAAGAUGAGGUGAUGGAAAAAUACGGCCUGUCCGUGUACCGGCAUUUCGUCAGUUCCUUCAAAGUCAUGUCGUUGGCAUCUGUCAUCAACAAGGAGAUCUUCGUUGUGCAUGGCGGGCUGACGCGGGUGAAGAACCUUACAAUCGACUACAUCAACACGUUGCCUUUCCAGGACUACACCGCGCCACAUCCCAUGUCCAGCAACGUGAAGGAACAGCUUUUCUCUGACCUGCUUUGGAGCGAUCCCACCGAACACGAGGGGAAAUACAAGUCAGACCGUGGCGUGGGAAUAAAGUACGGCCCUGAUGUGACGACCAAAUUCUGCAGCCAGAAUCGGCUGAGGUUUCUGGUCAGAAGCCAUCAAGUGCCAGAAGAUGGGCGUGGCUUCCAGAAACAGCACAACGACCGCUGCGUAACUGUCUUCAGUGCCAGCAACUACUGUGGCGAUGGAGGGAACUUUGGCGCGGUGAUUGUCCUGUCUGCCGCAAACUUUCCACGCUACGAGGUGUUCGAGCAUUUCGCAGCGCCGCUGGACGAAAUGCCUAGCAUCGUUGCACAAGGAGACUCUGUGGACUGGAACAAGACAUCGACGUCUCAGCAGCGAGACAGUUUGGAGGCAUCCCGAGUUGCUCGCCAAGAAAAAACCUUUGCGCGCAUGAUCAUCUCCAUUAUCGAGAAGAAGCCCCAGCUCUGGUCGUACAUCAUCCGAAAUUCUCUAGGACAGAAAAUGCCGAUAGAUGAGUUCGUGCAGAUGAUGGAAGCGCAAAUUGAAAGUGACAAUCCGUGGAAGGAGGCCUUAGAGGAGUGGGGUGUGGUCCAGGAUGGACAGAUCGAGGCACCCGAACAGUUCGGCUGA